CCCACUUUUUGCUUUAUUCUUGAUCGGUGGAGACAAGCUGCUCGCCACGCACGAUACCUGUUCCAACUCUAAUGGUAGCAUCUUCUUCCUCUCUGAAAACCUCUGCGCCCCUUUUUAAAUAGUCAAGCACCACCUUUUACACCGACCCACCAACCGAGCGUCUCGCCUUUGCGAUCCUGCACUGCCCCCCCAUUCACUUUCCCAGAUCGAUCUAAGCUCCUCUCCGAGCUGCCGAAUCUAUUGGGGUUCCAUCGGGCCAAAUGGAGAAAGGCAGUGAAUGCUGUUCCACCCAGCUCAUUGAUGGAGAUGGUGCGUUCAACGCUGCUGGACUUGAAAAUUUCAUCAAGGAGGUGAAGUUAGGGGAGUGUGGACUCUCCUAUGCAGUUGUCUCUAUCAUGGGCCCGCAGAGUAGUGGGAAAAGCACACUACUAAACCAUUUAUUUGGUACCAACUUCAGGGAGAUGGAUGCUUUUAAAGGAAGGUCUCAAACCACUAAAGGUAUUUGGUUGGCAAGAUGUGCUGGCAUCGAACCGUGUACUCUGGUAAUGGACUUGGAGGGUACUGAUGGAAGAGAACGAGGAGAGGAUGAUACUGCUUUUGAAAAGCAAAGUGCCCUCUUUGCUCUUGCUGUCUCAGAUAUAGUGCUAAUAAACAUGUGGUGUCACGAUAUUGGUCGAGAGCAAGCUGCAAACAAGCCCCUUCUGAAAACUGUCUUCCAGGUCAUGAUGCGGUUGUUUAGUCCCCGGAAGACAACUUUGAUGUUUGUUAUACGCGAUAAAACUAGGACCCCAUUGGAGAAUUUAGAACCCGUUCUAAGAGAAGAUGUUCAGAAGAUAUGGGACUCUGUUCCUAAGCCAGAAGCGCAUAAAGAGACUCCUCUAAGUGAAUUUUUUAAUGUUGAAGUCGUCGCUCUUUCCAGUUAUGAAGAAAAGGAGGAGCAAUUUAAAGAGCAGGCGGCAAACUUAAGACAGCGGUUCUUUCAUUCCAUUGCGCCUGGUGGGCUUGCUGGAGAUCGAAGGGGUGUCGUUCCUGCCUCGGGAUUUUCUUUUAGUGCUCAGCAGAUCUGGAAAGUCAUCAAGGAGAAUAAGGAUCUUGAUUUGCCUGCGCACAAGGUUAUGGUGGCAACAGUACGCUGCGAAGAAAUUGCCCAUGAAAAGUUCUCAAGCUUUGUGGCAAAUGAGGAAUGGUGUCUGUUGGAAGAGGCUGUACAAGCAGGACCAGUUGCUGGAUUUGGACAGAAGCUUAGUUCAAUUAUGGGGACUUGUCUGUCAGGGUAUGAGACAGAAGCAACAUUUUUUGACGAAGGUGUCAGAACAGCCAAGCAGAAGCAGCUUGAAGAAAAAUUGCUGCAGCUUGUUCAACCUGCUUUCCAAGCUAUGCUGGGACAUAUAAGGUCUGGAACUCUUGACAAAUUCAAGGAAGCAUUUGAUAAGGCUUUAAAUGGAGGAGAAGCUUUUUCUUCAGCUGCUAGCAGUAGUACCCAGACUUACAUGGCUUUGUUUGAUGAAGGAUGUGCAGACGCUGUUAUCAAACAAGUGGAAUGGGACACAUCUAAAGUAAGAGAUAAGCUUCGGCGUGAUAUUGAUGCCCAUAUUACUUCAGUCCGUACUGCCAAGCUCUCGGAAGUUACUAAAACAUAUGAGGGAAAACUAAAUGAGGCAUUAUCCGGACCUGUGGAAGCUCUUCUGGAUGAAGCUAACAGCGGAACAUGGCCUGCAAUAAGGAAGCUUCUUCAGCGAGAGACUGAAUUGGCAGUUUCUGGGUUUUCAAGUGCCCUCUCAGGUUUUGACAUGGACGAAGAAACGAAGGAGAAAAUGCUUACCAGUUUAAUGGAUUUCGCUCGAGGUAUUGUUGAAGCAAAGGCAAGGGAAGAAGCUGGAAGGGUCUUGAUCCGCAUGAAAGACAGGUUUGCAACAUUAUUCAGCCGAGAUCCUGAUUCCAUGCCAAGGGUUUGGACAGGGAAGGAAGAUAUUCGGGCAAUUACCAAAACAGCUCGCUCUGCAUCUCUGAAGUUGCUGUCUGUAAUGGCUGCUGUUCGUUUGGACGAUGAGGCUGAUAAUAUAGAGAAUACUCUGUCUUUAGCUCUUGUGGACACAAAGAGUACUACUUCCAAUCGGAGCAUUACCACAACUGAUCCAUUAGCCUCAAGCACUUGGGAAAAGGUUCCAUCUUCAAAAACAUUAAUCACACCUGUCCAGUGCAAGUCUUUGUGGAGGCAAUUUAAGGCUGAGACAGAGUAUAGUGUAACCCAGGCUAUUUCUGCUCAGGAAGCUAACCGACGUAAUAACAAUUGGCUUCCGCCUCCAUGGGCAAUCGUUGCUUUGGUCGUCCUCGGCUUCAAUGAGUUUAUGACACUUUUGAGAAACCCUCUUUACCUUGGAGUCAUCUUUGUUGGAUUUCUACUUGUCAAAGCCCUCUGGGUACAGCUGGAUAUCUCGGGUGAAUUUCGCAAUGGCGCUCUACCUGGGCUUAUAUCCUUGUCCACGAAAUUCCUUCCCACUGUGAUGAACCUUGUCAGAAAAUUGGCGGAGGAAGGGCAGGUGCCCAGAGCAAACAAUCAUGAGAGAAACCCUGCUCUAGAAUCAAAUGGCUUCCAAGGCGCCAAUAGCGGUCUAUCUUCUGCUUCUUCAUCAGAGGUGACAACUGAAAAUGGAACCGACUAUUCAAGCUCCAGGAAAGAAGAGUAAAGCAGGACAAGAACAGGUUGCUGAUCCUUCAAUUAUACCCGAUCCAUGCUGAUUAAAUAUACCACAUCCAUCUUUUAGGGAAAUUCCAAUUCUUUUUUGAGAUUGAUUGUCACAGAGUGUUUAUUUUCCCCUUAAGGCAUCGGUUUUUGAGUAAGUGCCGGCUAUGGGUGAGUUGUGUUCUGAGCGGGAGAAAAGCGCCAUUUUGUUUCCCUUUGUCCUCCCCUUUAUUUUCAUGUAGGGCAUCGUACCACUCCCAGUCUGCUGGAUCAGCAGAUGGAGUAUAAUUUAAUGCUUGAGGAAUUACAGUUCCGAUUCCUUCGUUUCUUUCCUUGAUAGCUGCUGAGGGUACUGGAUUCGCAUCGGGUUUUGUAUUUUCUAAUGCCUUUGCAUUGGUAAGGUCUCAAGAUCGAGUUGUGAUUG